AUGAACACGCCACCCCUUCUAAGUGGAUCCCUGCACGAGCAGGCCCACGCGGCGACGAGCUCCGAGGACAGCCGACGCGAUAGCCUCACACAAGCCACCUGGGUCGCUAUCACGCCCUUCACAGGGCAGCAGAACUCGCAGUUUGGCGCCAACGAACGCUCGCCUGGCUGCGCCACCAUCGCGUCGAUCGGCUAUCCGGAAGUGGACUCGUGGCAGUCGCUCUCGAAUCAAGAGUCCUUUAAGCCUGCCCCUGCCUCUCCUUUCGGCGCGGCGCCCAGCAACAGCGCCUUCAAGAGCAGCAACGGCAGCGCCAGCAACUCCAGCACGAACACACCAACGACGGUAGCGGCACCGGUUGCCGGUUCCGGGCCGAUCAGCAACGCAGCCUCGCACUACAAGACGAAGCGAUGCCGGCACUUUGAUCAGUCUGGAUGGUGCCCGUACCAACACCGGUGCGUAUUUGCCCACGGUGAUCGCGAGUUCGCUCUUUACACGGUACAAAAGAAUGGUGGGAACGGCGGGAACUCCGAGGACGGCGGCCCGACGGCCUCGCAGCUCGUGCGGGAGCACAUCGAGCGCAACGUGCAGCAGCUUGUGGAAGAAUACGAGCUGGCUGUGGCGGAGGCGAGCGCCAAGGCUGCGGCGGGAAGCAACAGCAUCGGUGGCCCUUCCCACGCUCACGGCCAUCGAGGCCCGCAGAUGGGCAACGGCAGCAAGGGGCCAACGAUGCCCGUUGCCCGAAACGUGUCGCCCACUCAGCCCCCUCCCCUCUUGUCUGCCACAACGCACCACCACGCAUCGAAUGUACAUUUCCUCACCGCCACCUCUCUGGCGCCUCCGGCCGUAAUGGCGAUCAACGGUGCGUCGAACUCGAUGGCGCAGUUCCAGGCUUUGCAGCCGCAGAACGCUCAGCAGUACCAAACACAUCAACAGCAGUUUGCCCUCGUUGGCCAGCAGCCCCUUCUCAUCUCCACAAUGAAUGGGGUCCCUGCCGGCUCCACCUUUGCUAUGGUGCCGUCGAGCUCGCCGCUGGCGGCCGCCCCGCAGUCUCUCCACGCUCUCCCUUCGCAUUAUCAGCAGCGGUCGAUGCUGUUCGCGAUGCCGGCUGGCGCGCCGGGUGUCCUCCAGUUGCAGCAGCACCAGCAGCAACCGAUCUAUUUCAUCGAGGCUCCCUCCUACAACAACAUGACCGCGAACGGCGGCAACGUUGCGGUGCCCGCGUACCCCGCUGGCUACGCAAGUGGCACCGCUGGACUUUUCAACGAUGUUUUGGCGGCUCGCUUUAUGUGA